AUGCUGCGGCGCACUGCGCGGCUGCGGAAGGAGUAUUUGUUUCGGAAGUCUCUGGAGGAGAAAGAGAGACAGUUGGCGGAGAGGAAGCAGCAAGUGAAGGAGACACUCGAGACUGGCAAGCCCCUCCCCACAAACCUCCGUGCUGCUGCUGCUGCUGCUGCUGCUGCUCGCCUCGCCCAAGUCCUCGACCUCGACGACCCCCAAACCCUCGCCCCGAAGACCCACGUCGACGACGAAUAUGCCUACGCCGGCGUGGAGGACCCGAGUAUUGCGCUGACAACGAGCCGCAGUCCCUCGAGCCGGCUGCAGCAGUUUGUGAAAGAAUUAAAUUUGCUGCUGCCGAACUGCAGAAGAAUCAACAGAGGGACAAUUGUCCUCGACGAGCUGCUGCAGCUCUGCCGCAGCAGCGGCAUCACCGACCUGCUUCUCGUCCACGAACACAGAGGCCAGCCCACCCGGCUAAUUGUCUCUCAUUUGCCGCACGGCCCCACAGCCCACUUUACCCUUUCGGGUGUCUGUCUCCGUCAUGACUUGCCGGAGAGGGCCCCCAACAUGUCCCAGGACAAGAACCCGCGAAGGGACUGUCUCUAA